ACCAACAUGGCGACGCCUAUGCAUCGAUUAAUUGCUCGCAGACAAGCGGAGGCCAACAAGCAGCAUGUUCGCUGUCAGAAGUGUCUGGAGCACGGCCACUGGUCCUACGAGUGCACUGGGAAAAGAAAAUAUCUGUACAGACCUUCCAGAACCGCUGAGCUGAAAAAGAAGCUGAAAGAUGGUUCUGAUAAAGCAGCCAGUGGUCCCGGAGAUGGACCAGUGGCUCUGAGUGAAAAGAAAACAAAGAAAAAAAGGUCUAAAUCCUCCAGCGGGUCGAGCAGCAGCAGCAGCAGCGAUUCAGACAGCUCCUCCAGCGACUCUUCGUCAGACAGCGGCGACUCGUCCAGCUCGUUGUCGUCCUCUGAGGAUGAAGACAGCAGCAGCAGUGACAGUGAGGACACUUCCAGCUCUUCCUCUUCCUCAUCCUCCUCUUCCUCCAGCUCUGACUCGGACUCCUCCAGUGGCAGCAGUUCUGAUCAGGGUCCUCCAAAGAAAAGGAAAAAGAAGAAAUAAAGAACUGAGCUGUGUGUAUCUCCAGUGUUUAAUACUUUUAUGAUUCUCUGAUUGUCUUGGGGAAAAUAAUCAAAUCUGUCACCUUUCCUUCGCUGCUGUAAUUCGGAAAGCAGUGGCUGUAAACAGAAAUGAGACGAACACUGGAUCAUUUCAUCUGCAGAGAAGACACCGAAUGAUCAGAGCUCUGAUUAUUUUUCUGUUGUGUUAUUUGUUACUUCCAGAAGAAAGACAUUUUCUUUACCUUUUCCUUUACUCGUUUUCUCCAGUCCUUUCAUUAUUUUUGGUAGACGUUCGGUUUAUGUAGUAAAUGCAGAGGCAUUUUUCUGUUUUCUGGAAAUAAAGGUGCAGCUUGUUUUA